UUUGCACGCAGGAACGAACCAGACUGGCAACGAGACUGGCCUUUAAUUCGUGGCUCAAAUGCAAUUCCUUUCCAGAAAUUGUCAUCCCUGCCCCUCCAGGCUCGGUGAAAUAUGGAUAAAUGCUUGCGCCCAGUAAGCCCGCAAACCGGACCACGUCCGUAUUAGUACCGGCAUAUCGUCCCCAUCACCCUUUUCCCACCGAGUUUUAUCUCAUGAAGCCUGCAGUGCCAGCCAUUGCCCUCCCAUAGCAAUGGCAGACGACAAGUCCGUUGUGAUUCUGGCCGUCUCAUGGGCUGAGACGGUUGUUGGCCUGAUCUUCUUCGGCAUGCGCUUCAUCACAAACUGGAAGAUUGUCGCUCGCUUCCGGCCUGAUUUUAGCGUUGCGGGAUUGACAGUCGCAACCCAAGUCACAGCCCAGAUCUUCCUCCAACUCUCCGUCCACCAUGGCAUGGGCCAGCACAUCGACACGCUCUCCCCCGAACAGCGAGUCCAAACCCUGCACUGGUCAUGGGUCUUCCAACUGCUGGCCAUUGCAGCGUCCAUGCUCGGCAAACUGGCCAUCCUCACCUUCCUGAUGCAGAUCCGCGGCCGGCACGAGAAGAAACCGUGGCUGCUGAUAAUAUUGGGAGUUCUGAUUGCAGCUGUGAAUAUCGCCGUCCUUGGCACCAUCCUGGGCCAGUGCACGCCCAUGCAGAAACUAUGGGACGACUCGAUACCUGGGACCUGUAAUCCAGGACGGAAGAUAAACCAGAAUUACUCAUUCUUUCAAGCCAGCUUCAAUACCUUCUCCGAUGCCCUGCUCGCGAGUUACCCAAUCCAUCUCUUCUGGAAGUUGCAGAUGAAGUUGCGCAUCAAGGUAGCCUUGUCCAUCCUCAUGGGCCUAGGCUGGAUAGCAGCAAUCUGCUCCGCCGUAAAGACCUACGAGCUCAAAGCCCUCACCGAGACGAGCGAUAUCACCUGGGCCCAACCAACCCUGCUAAUCUGGGCAUCGACAGAAGCCUGGAUCGUCAUCGUCGUCGGCUGCGUCCCGCCCAUACGACCAUUAAUGGAACGAAUCCUACAACGGCUCGGCCUAACAUCGAAGAAAACAUCUACACCGGCGUACUACAACAGCGGGAGUAACCCGUACGGACCGGGCCGAUCCCUCAACACCAACCGCGGCACGAACUCGCAUUUCCAAGCUGAUGCGUAUCGGUCUUCCAAGAUGCCGUUCGCGGGUAAGGGGGAUCUAGACUGGGUGGAGUUGGGAGAUCUGGGCGGGCGAAAUAGUGGCGGGAAUGGGAGUAAGGAGCAUAUUGUGCCUGGGGGCAAUAAUGUUGUUGUGACGACGGAUAUAGUCACGCAGUUUGAUGAUCUGGAGGGUAAUAGGAAUCAUGGUGGGCAUGUGCAUGCCAUUUCGUCGAAUGCGAGUUCUGGCUCGGAAGAGGACUGGAGACGGCAGGCGGAUGUUAGGGGGGUUUGAUUAUGUCUUAUGAGUAAUGUUUAGUAUAAUUUUGUUUGAGUAAGGAUAG